AUGUUCACCACACAACAUCAAUACGCCUCGUACGCGGCGCCACCGCCCGCACCCAGGCAGUUUGCGAACCACGGCACCAGCUCCGCCUUCAGCGCCUCUGCCAACCCGGAUGAGGACUGGACCAAGAUCUCCGAUCUUGCCGAGCGCCGGAGGAUACAAAACCGCAUUGCUCAGCGCAACUACCGCAAGAAGCUCAAGCGCCGCCUGGAAGACCUUGAGAGGCGUGCUGGCACCUCGGACGGGGCUUCUUCCAACGAGGGUAGCGAGAAGCCCGCAAGCUCCAGCAAGAGCAGUUCCAAGUCAAAAUCGCAAUCUUCCCCAAAGAAGCAGCAGCAGCAGCAGCAGCAGGCACAGGCGCAACAGCAGACCAUCAUCCAGCCGCCCAAGCCCAUGCCCCAAAGCAGCCAAUUCACCCCGCCAAUGCACCCCGAUGACGAGCUCAUCUUCCAGUCCUCCUACGACACCCGGGACCGCACGCAAUCUCCUCCCCUCUUCUACUCUGCAUACCCGCCGCCCGAGGAGAUGAUGAUCCCGGCCUCGUACGGCACUGCCGCCCCCAGCUACCGGCCCAUGCCGACCGAGUCGUACGGAGACUGGACCACUGGCGCCGUCCCCGUCACCCUGCCCUCCAUGACGCACUUCAGCGACGCCAUCAAGCGCGAGAGCGCCUACCCCGGAGAGGACGCCAUGGCGCCCUACAUGAACUACGGGUACAUGCCCGGCAUGGAUAUCAACGCGCCCACGCCGUACGACAACUCGAACCCUCAUACUCCUCCCCUGUCACACUCCUUCGACCACUCGGCCGCCUGCUCCGAGUCGGGGUACGAGUAUCCCACCACGCCGCUGUCGAUGCCUGGCUCUCCGGGCAUGAUGCAGCCUCAGCAUUAG